UUGAGAGGGUCCCUGUGGGUGAAUCCAAUCAAUCAGUGGAACAGCUUUGCCUCCAGGAAUUGUGGGAGCUCCAACAAUGGGAUUUUCUAAAGAGGAGACUGCACAGCUGUUUGUGCAGAACUGUAUCGGGUCUCCUGCUUGGAGAGGUGGUCCUUCCAACUCCCAUUCCGUAAUUCUGUCCGAACUUCAGGAUCCUUUAAGACUCCGCACGUAGCGAAACUUCACGUGCUAAAUAGUUUCACAUUGCAUGUAAUCAGUGGAAACAUCUGGCAGAUGCCUGAGGCAGAGACAGGACAAGCCUGUUUUUCGACCUCCGAGGACGAGACGGUGGCCAGAUAGGCAGCAUCCGCGAUUAGAAAGCCAACACAAGAGCGGCAUCUGUCGGAGCUAAAACUGAAACCAUCGAGUACUGCGUUGCUAGACAGGAUGGGGGGGGUGAGCGAGGAGACGCGCAGAGGAACUUCCUCUUCCGGAUCACUCAUGGGAGGAAGGUGGCGUGCAGAGGGUUAUUUGUGCUCUUCCAAGGAUCAAAGCAUCAGCUGGAAGACAAAGAGGAUGGCAAUAAGUGCACUCCGGAUGACUGAGAAUAACAAGCAACAUUGAAAAGGAAAGCAAAUCAAGCCAAAAAUCAAAGAAUUUUCCAUUUCCUUCAAAAAGCACACAAUUCUUCUCUGUCCAGAGCAAGUAAUAGACAAAAAAAAUCAAGAAGAGAUUUUAAGCUGGAGAAAGUAGUGUGUGUGGAAUUCAAGGAUACAUACAUGAAAGAUCAAGGGAGAUCCUCGAGUUGGGAGUAAGAAAACAGUAGCUAUAAUCAAAGCAAAACUAAACGGGAUCACACAUAUUUUUGACCUCCUCAAUAAUAUCAGUGGUGGAAAAGCUCCAUAGAUGUGCCUGUUGUGGGGAAAGCACAGAUUGCAAAUCACAACUGAUUAUGCACAAGAGGAUCCACAUUGGAAAAAAGCCAUAUUAAUGAUACGAAUGUGACAAAAGCUUUUGUCAAAAUAGUUCUCUUGUGGUUCAUAGAACCACAGAACAGGACAGAUGCCCUAUAACUGCUCCCAAUGUGGUAAAUGCUUUCGCAAGCAUGGCAACUUGGUGAUACACCAGAGAACUCACACAGGGGAGAAACCCUUUCAGUGUCCUGAUUGUGGGAAAAGUUUCAGUGUAAAUUCCAGUCUGGUGAUACACCAGAGGACUCACAUAGGAGAGAAACUCUUUGCGUGUCCUCUUUGUGGGAAAAGUUUCAGUCAGAACUAUCACUUGGUGAACCAUCAGAGGACUCACAAAGGAGAUAAAUUGUAUGAGUGCCCUGAUUGUAGUAAAAGAUUCAGAUACCAUUUUAACCUGGUGAACCAUCAGAGAACUCACACAGGAGAGAAACCAUAUGAGUGUCCACAUUGUGGGAAAAGUUUCAGUUACCAUUGUAAUCUGGUGAUACACCAGAGGACUCAUACAGGAGAGAAACCAUAUGAGUGUCCAGAGUGUGGGAAAAGUUUCAGUCAGAAUUCUAACCUUGUGAUACACCAGAGAACUCACACAGGAGAGAAACCCUUUGAAUGUUCUGAUUGUGGGAAGCAUUUCAGUCAGAAUUCCCAACUACUGAUACACAAGAGGACUCACACAGGAGAGAAACCAUUUGAAUGUCCUGAUUGUGGCAAAGGUUUCAGGAAGAAUUCUGACCUGGUGAACCACCAGAGGACUCACACGGGAGAGAAACCAUAUGAGUGUCCAGUUUGUAGGAAAAGUUUCAUUGCAAAUUCCCACCUGGUGAAACACCAGAGGACUCACACAGGAGAGAAACCAUAUGAGUGUCCACAGUGUGGGAAAGGUUUCAGUCAGAAUUCCAACCUGGUGAACCACCAGAGGACUCACACAGGAGAGAAACCCUUUGAGUGUCUUGAUUGUGGGAAAAGUUUCAGUUACCAUUCUAAUCUUGUGAUACACCACAGGACUCACACUGGAGAGAAACCGUUUGAAUGUCCUGGUUGUGGGAAACGUUUCAGUCUCAAUUCCAGUCUAGUAAUACACCAGAGGACUCACACUGGAGAGAAACCCUUUGAAUGUCCUGACUGUGGGAAAUGUUUCAGUCAGAAUUCCCACCUGGUGAUACAUCAGAGGUCUCACACAGGAGAGAAACCGUAUGAAUGUCCUGAAUGUGGGAAAAGUUUCAGUCAGAAUUCACACUUGGUGAUACACCAGAGGACUCACACAGGAGAGAAACCGUAUGAAUGUCCAGAGUGUGGGAAAAGUUUCAGUUACGCUUCUGUGCUUGUGAAACACCAGAGGACACAUACAGGAGAGAAACCAUAUGAAUGUUCUGAUUGUGGGAAACAAUUCAGUCGGAUUUCCCACCUAGAGAUACACAAGAGGACUCACACAGGAGAGAAACCCUUUGACUGCCCUGAUUGUGGGAAAGCUUUCAGUCUCAAUUCCAGCCUGGUGAAACACCAGAGGACUCACACAGGAGAAAAACCUUUUCAAUGUCCUGAUUGUGGAAAAAGUUUCAGUCAAAAUUCCAGCCUGGUGAAACACCAAAGGACUCACACAGGAGAGAAACCCUAUGAAUGUCCUAUUUGUGGGAAAAGUUUCAGUCUUAAUUCCAGCCUGCUGAUACACCAGAGGACUCACACAGGAGAGAAACCAUUUGAGUGUCCAGAUUGUGGGAAAAGUUUCCGUCACCAUUUUAACCUGGUGAACCACCAGAGGAUUCACACGGGGGAGAAACCGUACCAGUGUCCAGAGUGUGUGAAAAGUUUCAGUCAGAGUUCCAACCUCGUGGAUCACCUGAGGACUCAUACAGGAGAGAAACCCUUUGAAUGUCCUGAUUGUGGGAAACAUUUCAGUCAGAGAUCCUCCUUGGGGAAACACCAGAGAAUACACACAGGAGAGAAACCCUUUGAAUGUCCUGAUUGUGGGAAACACUUCAGUCUCAAUUCCGGCCUGCUGAUACACCAGAGGACACACACAGGGGAGAAACCAUUCAAAUGUCCAGAUUGUGAGAAAAGUUUCUGUUACCGUUCUAUGCUGGUGAAACACCAGAUCACUCACACAGGAGAGAAACCAUAUGAGUGUCCAGAUUGUGGGGAAAGUUUCACUCAUAACUGCAAUCUGGCGAACUACCAGAGGACUCACACAGGAGAGAAACCAUAUGAGUGUCCAGAUUGUGGGGAAAGUUUCAGUCAUAACUGCAAUCUGGUGAACUACCAGAGGACUCACACAGGAGAGAAACCAUAUGAGUGUCCAGAUCAGUGGUUUCAAACUCAAUUUCAUUGUGAGCCGCAUCAGAGUAGUGGUUGACCUCGUGGGUGGGUGUGGGCAAAGUGUCCAUGACUGGGGUGGCAUCACAUGGCCAGCUCGACGUCUCUCAUGUCGUGGGGUGCCUGUGGAAGCCCAAGCUGGUCUGGGGGGAUUCAUUGUCUCCAGUAAAGGAAGGUGGGACGAUGGUGAGCAACAAACCCUUAUUCUCGCCAUUCUUCUUAGGCCAUGCAAAGGAUUCCCGGGCAGCAAUGCAGGCUGCCCAGAGCCUUGGAGUGCAAGUGCCUAGCCUGGCCCUCAAGCUUCCAGGAUAUGGGGACCCCACAUCCAGCCCCGCUUCCCCUGCGCUUAUCUCCUCCUCAUUAGAAGAACACCUGAUGGCUGUGACCAGGGGGGCCUUUUACUAGGUUCGCCUGGUAUGUCACUUGCGCCCCUUC